GUAAAGUGCUGGAGUAAUUCAGAGAUUGUAGUUGAUCUGCUAGGAGAAAUAGCAGUGAAGGUGACACUUGAGCUGCAGUGAAGGCGGAGUCUGGUGAUGGGGGGGCGGCGAAGGGAUCAGGGUUUUCUAGAAGCAGAGUCUCAGAAGGUGCCGGAACCAAGGUGCAGCAGGAGUGAAGUGCGUGGCGGUUGGAUAUUGUUACUGGACCUGAUUAAGGCCGUUCCAUCAGUGUUUUCAGACCUUCAGGGAUCGCCGCUGCUGGAACCGGUCCUCGGUUUGCAGUCGGUGGCCGCAGCAGCAAAAGAUGAGCGGAACUCUGGGAAAGGUGCUGUGCCUGAGAAACAGUACCAUUUUCAAGCAGAGCUCUUCCUUCUUAAGGUUCAUACCUUCAGAAGAGAAUCCCAUCUAUUCUGCAGGUGGCAUUCUUUUGCAUGCCAGUCGGCACUACAAGACGAAACCUACCCAUGGCAUUGGAAGAUACAAGCACCUGAUUAAAGCAGAGGAGCCCAAGAAGAAAAGGGGAAAAGUGGAGGUGAGACCCAUUAAUCUGGGGACAGAUUAUGAAUAUGGGGUUCUGAACAUUCACCUGACUGCAUACGACAUGGCCCUGGCAGAGAGCUAUGCCCAGUAUGUUCACAGCCUGUGCAACCAUCUCUCCAUUAAAGUCGAGGAAAGUUACGCCAUGCCUACCAAAACCAUGGAGGUGAUGCGACUGCAGGACCAAGGCAGCAAAAUGUUCCUGGACUCCGUCCUUACCACCCAUGAGCGAGUGGUGCAGAUCAGCGGUUUGAGUGCUACAUUUGCAGAGAUUUUCUUGGAAGUAAUCCAAAGCAAUCUUCCUGAAGGAGUCAGAUUGUCAGUAAGAGAGCACACUGAAGAAGACUUCAAGGGAAGGUUCAAAGCUCGGCCAGAACUGGAAGAACUAUUAGCCAAGUUGAACUAGCUCUUGCAGACUCUUUCAUGCCCACACUGUGAUACUGAACACCAGUGAGAAGAUUCCUGGGUGAUCAGAGUUAAGCAGGAGACUCUGACCCUUAGCUUCACAAGUACCUGUUCCCACAGCCAGCAGCGCCUCCCCUUCUCUGGCACAAGUGUGCUUGCCAGUUGUCACCCACUUACCUUUGAGCUAACCCUUGUUAUCUUCCAUCUAAUAAAAUCUGUGCUGAGGGACCAGCAGUUGAUGUAA